UUGUUUUUGUUUGUUGAAUUUUCAGUUUUCUUUUGACUUUUUGUUUGAAGUUUGAGUGGUCUGGUUGGUGGUAACUGGUCUGGUAUUUACUUCCACCAUGGUAACUGGUAACUCUGGUUCUGGUAGCCAGUCCAGUAGUGCAAGUGCAGUGGUAUGGUAUUGGUAAAACUCUACUGACUGGUCUAAGUUAUAGGAGGCUAUGUGAAGAAACCUAAACCUAAGAAGUUUGUUUGAGAUAUAGGCUAGUUUUAUUUAAAUUAUUGUAAUAUAAAUAUUCUCAAGAAAUAGUGUUUAAGCAGAUUUUGGAAAGAAGAUUACUUCCACCCUCAGGCUCAGACCUCUGAGCAAUACUACAGUGUUGUUAAUGAAGAAAAGUGGCAAAAGACUUUCCCAGACUUAGAGAAAAUAAACUCAAGUUCCUCGCAGUAAAGCUUCAUAUAAUGUCUGACAUAUGGUUGUACUACGAACAGCAGAUAAAAAUGAAGUGGCAAAAGACUUUCACAGACUUAGAGAAAAUAAACUCAAGUUCCUCGCAGUAAAGCUUCAUAUAAUGUCUGACAUAAGGUUGUACUACGAACAGCAGAUAAAAUGAAGUGGCAAAAGACUUUCCCAGACUUAGAGAAAAUAAACUCAAGUUCCUCGCAGUAAAGCUUCAUAUAAUGUCUGACAUAAGGUUGUACUACAAACAGCAGAUAAAAAUGAACUGGCAUUAGCUUUCCCAGACAUAGAGAAAAUAAACUCAAGUUCCUCACAGAAAAGCUUCAUAUAAUGUCUGACAUAAGGUUUACGAACAGCAGAUAAAAAUGAAGUGGCAAAAGACUUUCCCAGACUUAGAGAAAAUAAACUCAAGUUCCUCGCAGUAAAGCUUCAUAUAAUGUCUGAGAUAAGAUUGUACUACGAACAGCAGAUAAAAAUGAACUGGCAUUAGCUUUCCCAGACAUAGAGAAAAAUAAACUCAAGUUCCUCACAGAAAAGCUUCAUAUAAUGUCUGACAUAAGGCUGUACUACAAACAGCAGAUAAAAAUGAACUGGCAUUAGCUUUCCCAGACAUAGAGAAAAAUAAACUCAAGUUCCUCACAGAAAAGCUUCAUAUAAUGUCUGACAUAAGGUUGUACUACGAACAGCAGAUAAAAAUUACAUUCUAUUAAACACUAUAUAAAGAACAGAUGAAAGUAAAUUAUUGCUCUGUGAAACUAUUAAAUUACUGUACAAUUAACAUUUAUGCGGUAGGAUUUAAAAUAUCUUCAACACAACAAGAUUUAAGCAAGAAAUGUUUUAAUAUUGUUGAGAUCUCUAUGUAACAUACAAAUCAUAACUGACAAAUUAAGUUAUCUAUUUACUUACUAGGUAAUCUGACAAGUACUAUAAAGUUAGGAAGUAAAUAUGUUAAAGCUUCCGUAUAAGUGUGCAUUUUGUAAAAUAAUUGUUUCACCUCAGUGGAAAAUGAGGAAUCAUAUAUUGGAACAUACGGGUGAGUGCCCCUUUAAAUGUUUGAUAUGUGAGAGAACCUUUAUCAAACUACAUCAAGUAAAGAGUCAUUUGUUAAAACACUCUUGGGAGAGCCCUUAUAAGUGUGAUUCAUGUGGAAAGUUCUUAUCAGCCAAAAGCGAUUUGAGAAGACAUGCAAUGGUUCAUACUGGAGAGCGGCCUUAUAAGUGUGAUACAUGUGGAAAAUCCUUCACAACCAAAGGCAAUUUGAAUAGUCAUACAUUGGUUCAUGCUAGAGAGCGACCUUAUUAUAAGUGCACUACGUGUGGAAAAUCUUUUACAACCAAAAGCAAUAUGAAGGACCAUACAAAGGUUCAUUGUGGAGAGUGGCCUUAUAAGUGCACAACAUGUGGAAAAUGCUUCACAAAAAAAAGAAACAUGAAGGACCAUACAAAGGUUCAUACGGGAGAGCGGCCUUAUAAGUGCACUACAUGUGGAAAAUCCUUUAAAAAGAACUGCGAAUUGAAGAGGCAUACAGUGGUUCAUACUGGAGAGCGGCCUUAUAAGUGCACUACAUGUGGAAAAUCCUUUAAAACCAACCACGAAUUGAAGAGGCAUACAGUGGUUCAUACUGGAGAGCAGCCUUAUAAGUGCACUACAUGUGGAAAAUCCUUUAAAACCAACCACGAAUUGAAGAGGCAUACAGUGGUUCAUACGGGAGAGCGGCCUUAUAAGUGCACUACAUGUGGAAAAUCCUUUAAAACCAACCGCGAAUUGAAGAGGCAUACAGUGGUUCAUACGGGAGAGCGGCCUUAUAAGUGCACUACAUGUGAAAAAUCCUUUAAAACCAACCACGAAUUGAAGGGGCAUACAGUGGUUCAUACGGGAGAGCGGCCUUAUAAGUGCACUACAUGUGGAAAAUCCUUUAAAACCAACCACGAAUUGAAGAGGCAUACAAAGGUUCAUAUUGGAGAGCGACCUUAUAAGUGUGAUACGUGUGGAAAGUCCUUCACAACCAAAUACUCUUUGUAUAAACAUACAUUGGUUCAUACUGGAGAAGCAGAGGUGCCCAUCCCCCCCAAACCCAGAGGCGCAACCCCCGCCCCCCCCAAGCCAAAGGAGUAGUUCUCCCCCCCAAUUUAUGCUGCCGUCUAUUUAAACCUACCCUCCCCCCCCACCAAUUUAUCUGACAAUUUUCCCAUUACCUCAUAAAACGAGCAUUCCAAUUUAGUAUUUAGUAAACUUGAGGUAAAGAAAAACAAACUUGCUGAUAAUAAAAAUUAAAUGUUUAAUAGGAAACGUUAACAACAUUUAACAAUACUUCAUCAGGUAUAUCUAACUAAUGGACGAAUUAGAAGUGUUUCAAUUUACAUUUCAGAAUCUCUAUUGUCAGCUAACAUGUGCUCAGUACUGCAAUAACGUCUUCAAAACGUACAACAAUAUACUGUACUAGGUGAAUUACUCUACUCCAACACAGUAUUGUAACUGUACAAUAUAUUAGGUGGCGUUAAAUUUUACAGAGAAAGAAUCUCAGAGAAGAAUUUUAAGAAAUCAAACCGCUUUAAAAAUGCAUUAAUAAUACUUUGGCAAAGUUUUUUUUUUUCAAAAUUAUAGGCAGUCACGAAAUAAGACAGACUUGUUGCUCGCCACUCCCUGGCUCUACAAACACCGCCACUCCAAACAACACACUCCAAAAACUCGAUUUUACUCUACAAAAAUUGCCAGGCAAAAUACCCACAAAAGGUUUUUGUGACGAAGUAAUCUUAUAAUUAAUUUUGAUAGCCCCAGGAUUGCCUUUUAUGACUAAUAAUGGUAGAAACGCAUCUUGUCAGACAAUCUGUUUAUACACAAAACACGAAACGAUAACAGAUAGGCCUAUCAAUUCACGUGAGUAUAUUGCCGCAGGCAGGACUGGAAGUAAACUGAAUCAGGUUAUGACGGAAAGACGUGGUCUCUGGAUUGUCGUCUGUGUUAUCAAAAGCUGAUAUUGGACUAGUUGUAGUGACGGAGGAGAGUGUUGAAAAUAUAAUGGGAUUCAUAAUUGAGUUUUCCAUUUAAAAUUAUUGACAAUAAUAACCAAUUUAUCUGCUGGAUAUAAAUUAUGGUCUCGAAAUUCUACAGUACUGCACGAAAGGAAAUUUAUUAAAUACUUUGAGGAGUUUGAAAUAUAUAAAUACAUAAAACUAGGGACAGCGCAAAAUUUUUGAGUGAAAACACUCAAUUAAUUAUGAAUCCAAUUAUACUUUUAACACUCUUCUCAGUCACUACAAUAGUCCUAUAUCAGCUGGUGACAAUGCAGACGACAAUCCAGAGACCACGUCUGUCCGUCAUAACCUGAACCUGAUUCAGUUUACUUCCAGUUCUGACGACGGCAAUAUAUACGCGUGAAUUGAUAGGCCUAUCUGUAAUCGAUUCGUGUUUUGUGUGGUGGAGGUAAAGAACCACCAAAACAUAUGUAGCAAAUAAAAUUCGACACUGACACUGGUAUAUUAAGGAUUGUCUUACAAGGUGCGUUUUUACCAUUCUUAGAAGCAAAUCUUAAUUACGAAUGGCAAAAUGUUAUUGGUGUUGAUAGUGAGCUACUUAGAAACACUUUUUCGGGCUGCUUAUACAAAAUUAUUCAUUCAUUAUGACAGCUAGCAAAAAACAUCCCCCCCCAAAAUCCCCUCAAAAAAGUCCCCCCCCCCAAAAAUUCCUGUGGCGCAAACGCGCCACAGUACCCCCCCUCUGGGCACCCCUGUGGAGAAGCAUCUCAUAAGUGCACUACAUGUGGAAAAUCCUUCAAAUUCUAUAACAAAUUGAGAAGACAUACAUUGGUGCAUACUAGAUAAGGAUCUUAUAAGUGACGUACAUCCUUCGCCAUCAAUAAGAAAAUUAAGAAACAUAAUUUGAUUCAUGCAGGAGAGCGAUCUCAUAAGUGCACCACAUAUGAAAACUUCUAUAGAAUUAUAUAAGUUAAAUUUCGAAGAAUUUUAAACAAUUGAAAUUAAUUCUUUACACUUAUUCAAGGGAACAUACAUUGUUACAUGGUAGAGAGCAACUUUACAUAUGUAGGACAUGCAAAGUGUUCUUUUACUUAUAAUUUACAUUGUAGCAGACUUGUAUUAAAUAUUGAUAGCCUUGAAUGUACUUACAGUAUAAGUGUAUGUUGUCCUUAAAUGUCAAAGAGACUAGACAUACCAGAGUACCAAGUUGAAAGUUACAGUUGUUCAACCUUAUUAAAAAGAGAAUAUAAUUUACAGUUUGUACAAAACCAUCAAGGAUAUUGUUUUACAAAUUGCAGUAAAAAGCUUACUGUAUUAAACUUAUUGAUCUCUUAAGUUAAUAAAAUUUUUGUUCAAGUGGUC